GCGAGUUUGAUAGAAUUCAGUGUUUUAAUUUGAGGCCAAACCUUAUAGUAUUAUAUAUGUGUAAAAACUAAGUAUAAAAUAAAAUUAGAUAUCUAAGAAUCCACAACGUCUAAAUUCUUGAUUAGCCGCAAAGGUGUUGGGAAAGAAUGAAUAGGAAAGUAAGAUGAAAAAGUCCAUUGCUUUUCCAAAAAGUUAUUCCAAACAUAGUUGCAAAGAUUAUGUACAUAAUGUUGGACAUAUAAGCCUGUCUUUCUCCACUAAACAGGUUGUAGACUUGUAGUGUUGUAAAUUCUUCUUACUUUCUGUUUAAUUUUUUUCUCAAGUUUUAGAAAGGUUAAUGAAAUAAAAUCUGAGUUUAUCAAAAAGGGACUAGCAUCUGGAGGACACUAUUGAAGGCUUAGUAUUAGUCCUGUCUGGUUCUUGAUUUUCUAGACUUUUCAAUCGAUUGUUAUUUGUAUCUAGUAGAUAUUUUACAUCAAGGCAGAAUUUCCUCUAGUUUGGAAGUUUUAAUAGCUAAAGUUUCGUUAGCAGCCAUCAGAACAGGAACCUGAAGUAAUAAUUGUUUGGCCGGAUGAAAAGGAACUAUUAUGAUUUGGAUGAUGGCGAAUUUGCAGCAGCAAUGGCAGCUUCUGCAUUUGCUAUAUGUUCCCUUGAAGAAAAGGCUGGCUUUCAACAUCAGACAAAAACAAGAGGAUCUGUUAUCAGGCCAGCAGAAACAGCUCCAAUGAGAAGGCCAUCGGCGUCUAAUCAUAAAGCUUCGACAGAAAUAAUGACCAUAACUCCUACUACUAAUGAUAAAAUGCAAAAUGGGAUUUCAAGAGGAAGCAGAAAGGCAGAAAAUGAAGCUGAUGCUUGGGAGAAAGCUCAGAUAGCCAAAAUAAGAAAGCGACAUGAUGAACUGCUUUCUGCGCUUCUUGCUUGGGAGAAUGAAAAGAAGAUGAUGGCAAAACAACAAAUGGAAAGGAGAAAGAAUCAAUUGGAGCUUGCUAUGAAAAGGAAUUUGCAGCAUUACAAGAACAAACUAGCGAGGAUUGAUCAUAUCACCAAAGGAGCAAGAACACAAGCAGAAGAGAAAAGAAGAUACGAAGAAUCUAUAGUGAAAGAGAAAUCAAACAAGAUCAGAUUAACAGGGAAUGGACCUGUUACAUGCUUCUGCUUCUAAAAAAAAAAAAAAAAAAAAGAGAGAGA